ACGACGCCAUGUCCGGCGCAAUCCUUGGACGGCAAAUGGUUAGCAGCGUUGUAGGCGACGAUGCGCGGGUGCGGUUCGGUUGGUCGACGUUGUCGCUUCACAACGGGAGGAAGACUCUGGCACCAUUUGCGGCGGGUCGUCUUCGGCCGUGCGGCAUUUGCUGGACUUUGCACCGUGACGUAUGGCACGCGAUGUUGGUCUGUCAAAUACUCGUAGUAGGGCGACGGCUGAUAAAGGUGGCACGAGUCGCGGGACAUCGUGUUUAACGAAGCGACGCGGGCCGUGUCAAAUAUAUUUGAAUAAAUUAUUUAUAGAUCAAAAAUAUAAAAUGCUAAAAGGUGAAAAUUCAUAUCAUAAGUUGAUAAAAAAAUACUCAGUGUUAAAAUGUUCAUAAGCAAAAAAAUAAAUCAUAUAAAUUUAUUAACUAUAGCAAAUACAUUAAAGUGACGUGAAACGAUAUAUGAUUAAAGAUUUUAAAAUUCUUAUUUACAGUUCAAAAUAGUUAAAUAGUAUCAUUUUUGAUAGUUCCCUAAGAAAAAUAAAAAUUUUACUAUUGAACUUUGUUAAUUGUUUUUACAAAUAAUAUGAAAUCGUUCACUAUUGUAGCAUUAUCGUUCAUCUUGUUCAAUGUGUUUUUAUUGACAUCGUGUUAUGAGGAGAUAGUUAUUAAUAUAUUGAAUUCAGUUCUUAUGUCUGAAAGAUGGACAUUCAAUCAUGCAUACAAGUGGUAUGAUGCCGAAAUUGAUACGUCCUUUGAAACAGAAGAUUUACUCAUAACUGAUUCCAACAGUGAGAAUAUUGUUACCGAAGAAAAUGUAUUUAAUAAAUUAAAAAUGGGUUUGCAAUUGUUAACUUUUGAGUACGCAAAAAUUGUACACUGGAUUAGUAGCACGUUAUCUUUUAUGAACAAAAAAUUGUAUGGCGAUGGUGAGAUUUAUAGCGAGACUAAAGAACGUUUGAAAACAUUCAAAUUAACUUACAAAGAAGUAAAUAGGGUAUUAAUACUCUUUCAUAGCGCAUUAGUAUUUAUGAAGUCAAUAAGACCAAGACAAUUUAUAGCAGAAACGUGUGGUCUUAUUGAUUCAUUGUCUGAGUUUAACUUAAAUUCUAAUAAAUCAAAAGUCGCAAGAGCGUUAGAAGGUGUUGAUUUGGAUUUUACAUUCAACACAUUUAAAGAAUUGAUAAAAGAAUUAGUUUCUUCAGAAUAUAUUUUAUUGUCCUGUUGUGAAAUUAAAAAUAUUUUUGAAGGUGCUUUUGAUGAGAAAGAGACUUUUGAGUUAAUAAAUUAUAAAUUAAAUAAACAGCAUCAUGAAAAAUUAAUGGAAAAGCCAGAUGAAAAAUCCAAAGAUGAAUUCACAUAUUUUGUUUUUCUACAUGAAACUAUUCUGAAUAGUGUCGAUGAAAUUAUUAAAAUCUAUUAUACUAAUCUUGGAUUCAAUUAUGACGAGAAAAAAAAUAAAAGUAAUUAUAUAUUGCCAUAAAAAUAUUAAUAAAUAACAAUUUAUGUUUUAAGUGACAUUCUGACUGUAUCAGUUUUAAAUUUAAAUAAAACACUACAUUUUAAUUGUAUAUUUUAUGCAAUCAAAAAAAUAUAUUCAUUUA